AUCAAGGCUUCUGCUGUCCAUACCGGGAAUCUGUUGAUCAUUAGCUUUGUGUGUGUGUGGUGGAAGCAAACUAUGGCUAUUGCUUAAUGACUGCAGAGAGAGAAAGAGAGAAGCUUUAUAGGAUCAUUUCGGGGGGAGAAUAUUUUAAAAUUUUUGAAAACCCCAAAUUUGGUCAACUGGAAGACGAUGCUAUGUGAUGGUCUUUCUACGUGAUGGAUUACACUGUAGACUGAACCUUGGAGAUGAGGAUUCACCACUACAGGACUUCUUCUUGGGUUCCUAAUGACCUAGGGAUUGGACCCUGUAGGACAGGAGACUCCAGUGAGGUUUUUAUUUCAGGACGAGCCCCGGUUGGACGGCUGAUGCCCUUACGUGUUGUGUGUGAAGGACAGUUUGGUUUUAGAUCGAGUCCUUAAACUGACAGCCACCGAAGCUCUCGAAAUCCUUGUAGAUACAGAAGGACAGCUGCUUCUGAAAGUCCCGGAUUAUCACUCUUAUGGAGGAGGACAGGACAAAAAAGUGGAGGGGGGUGAACGCCGGCUGUCUUUGAAAUAUAUUUCAGGUGGACAGAGAUUGUGUUUUUCCAACCUCUAUACUUGCCAGAGGACACGCUGCUACACAACGUGGACAUCAGAAAACAUGCCUCAUAGUAAGGGUUCGAAGUAAGGGUGGAGAAUGAACCUGUGAGGAGUGACCAUCUCGGGAGAUUUGAAUGGACUGGAAUGGGUAGGCCGACCUCUAGACGUUAUCUCUCAAGAUCUCCAGACAGUGUCCUCUUCAAGACCGUGCUUCUGCUAAUUUUCUGGGAGCAAGUGGAUGCGCAGUGUAAAAUUGUGAAAUGUAACACGGAUUAUGUUGCCGCCAUAUCGAAUCCAAGGAUCUCCAACAAGAACGCUGUAUUCUGCAACGCCUUACGUGCAUAUUCCCAGUGCACUCGUAACACGGCCCGGACCUGCCGCGGAGACUUGGUGUACCACUCUGCCGUUCACAUCAUCGAGGAUCGUAUGAUUCAGCACAACUGCUCGAAGGUGGGGCCCACCGCUCCACCCAGAAGGCAGCUGCCGCAGCCUCUUCCCGAUGGUCAUGUGAAGCAGGCCUGUGAUUAUGACAAGGUCUACCGAGAAAAGCACGAGAUUGAUGCCAAGUAUCUGCACUGCGGGGUUUUUGGGGACCCCCAUGUUCGCACUUUCAGUGGUGACUUUCAAACUUGCAAGGUGAAGGGGUCAUGGCCUCUUCUAGACAAUGAAUAUCUGUUUGUCCAGGCAACCAGCACACCGCUUCAACCUUCCUCCAAUGCUACAGUCAUCAGCAAGCUAACGAUCAUCUUCAAGAACAUGAAGCAGUGCAUUGACCAGAAAGUUUACCAGGCAGAAGUGGGCAACCUUCCAGCAGCUUUCGAUGACGGCUCUGUCAAUGGCGGCAGAAGAGCAGGUGGCAGCAGCCUCACCAUUCAUGAGAAGGAGCCUGGGAAGUACAUGGAGAUCCACGCUGAUUUCAUAGGCACCACCAUCCGUGUGCGCCAGCUGGGCAGCCAGCUGUCAUUCUCCUUACGUAUGGCGGAGGAGAUCUCUCAAGCUUUCCGCGAAGAGCAGGACUUACAGCUCUGUGUAGGUGGCUGCCCAUCCAGUCAACAGAUCUCAAGGACUAAAGACCUCAGCAGGACUCACUUUCUGAGCAUGGAGAGCGCCCGGUCGCUGUGCAGGGAGCGGCUGGCCGUAGAAGACAUGUAUUUUGAAUCGUGUGUCUUUGACUUGAUGGCGUCAGGGAAUGUCAAUUUGACGGACGCAGCUUUUCACGCCUUGGAAGAUGCCAGAGAUUUUCACCCUGAACCGGGAACACUACAUAUAUUCAGCAAAGCGGAGAGUAGAGCAGUGUUAUCGCUCGGCCUGUUACUUGUGCUUACUCUCAUCGGGAAUAUAAAUCCCUUUGCUUGAACUUUCCAAAGUGGAGGGUGUUGCUUAUCAGCCCAUCAGGAGCGUCUCUGCAUUUCUAGCCCUUUCUACAUAAAACGACCGGUUACUUUGUAAAUGUAUUGUUCUUCUGCUGAUUUUGAGCUACGUUAUGUUAUCGAGCGUUUUUUAAAAAAUCUUGCUGGUUGCCCUUGGAAACAGACAAAGGUUUAGCCCCACCCUGAUGUCAGACAUGUGACCUAACGCCUAGCUUUAAGGGUAUGUUCACACUACUUUCAUUUUGUGCAUUUUCUGCCUGUGAUGAAAACCAUGUAAAAUCUGUGCCCCACUGUUUUCAAUGGGACAUGGAUGUUGCCCAUCAUUUAAAAUUUACGCCAAGUACUGACAUCACGUCUUAAUGUAGAAACCGCAAUGGUUUCCCAAAAGUGGAUUAGUCCUAUUGAAUGUGGCUAAACCACAUGUGGACCUGCAGCACUUCAAUCUGCAAGUGGGAUUUCUGACGCAGAUUCCGAACUAAGGCUGCGUUCACAUCACGUUUUUGUCAUAUGUUUAACGUACACAAAAAAAGUAUAUAAUAACAGAUGCCUCAGAAGAUGCCAUCACCAUAGAGUUCCAUUGUAAAAAAAACAAAAACGUAUAUGUUAAUGAACGUAUGACAAAAACGUGAUGUCAACCAUACUGUGUAACUGAUACAUGAGCCCCCACAAUGCACUGCACUCUAGAAGUCACCAGAAUUCAGAAAUAAGCUUAAAGGGGUUGUCCAAGUGCCUGGAGCACUUAAUGAAAUAACAAAUACUCAAUUUCAACAAUUUCAGCCGACACUGGUCCAACGCCACUGCUGCUCUGGUCCCUGCCAGUCUCUAUCCACUCCCAGUCCAGUGCUGCCGCUGCUCCGGAUCCUGACAGUCUCUGUUCACUUCCGGGCAGCAGUCACGUUGAAAGAAGUCAUUGGCCACAGUGGUAACGGGCUUAGACAGCACGCUGCUGUUUUUUUUAUUUUAAAGUGCUCCUUUCAUUUCAGAUUUUUUUUUAAUUUUCUUAGUUUUUCGGAUACAGAUCACCAAAUGCCCAAAAGAUGCAAUGCUGGCUACCUGCACUUGCCACUAGAGGGAGCUCACUGCAUUCUAUGUAUAAACAGUAUGCAGAAAGCUCUUUAGCUCCCUCUGUAGGCAGCCAAAAUAUUGCAGUCUUCUGAACCCAUGCAGGGAUUUGGAGCUCUGUAGCAGUAAGAUAAAGCUCUGGCCGCUAUAAACUUACAUUAAAUAAUUAACCAGCACGACACGAUGAUUAACCCCUUAAUUCUGUAGGACGUAUGCUUUAGGCGGUUGUAUGGAGCAGGAUCACAAGCUGAGCUCGCUUCAUACGUGGCAAGUGCCGCCUACAUAAUACAGCAGACAACUGCUUGCAGUGACCGGAAUUGGAGAUAACUCAAGAUCCUAGUCAUUUAACCCCUCAGAUGCCGCGGACGCUAUUGGGGUAAGAGAGAGGGAGGGGGGCUCCCUCUGUUCUUCGAUCGUAACCCCGCGGCUCUGAUUGGUUGCUAUGGCAGCCUGGGGGUUUGCGAAGGCUCCCAGGCCUAUCAUAGUGAGCUGCUUGUAAGAAUCCCAUAGACUGCAGUAGUAUUCUAUUGCAGGCUAUGGAAUAAGCGACUAGACGAUUGUAUGUAAGGGGACUAAAAAGUACAGUUAGAAAAAUAAUUUUUUUAAAAAAAAUAUAAAGAACCCCAAAAAAUAUUAAAAAAUAAAAUCCCCCCCCUUACCCAAUUUUAAACAUAAAAUUACAUGAACAUAAUAGGAAUCUCUGCAUCCAAAAAUGUCAAAACUCUUAAAAUAUGAAAAUAUUUAUUGUGGGUGGUAAACACUGUAACUGAAAGAAAAAAA